GGACAAUAUGACUAAAUACUCAGCUCGCACUGCUCUCAAAAAAUACUCCGAGGAGCUGGGCAAUACGACAGAAAGAAAUGCGGUACCCAUCAGUCGCUCGCAAACAUUAAUCUAUUACAUCGAAGGCAACAAAUGGUGGAUUAAAGUGACACUAGUAGGCCCGACCGCCAACCUCCACCUCGACAACGCCGGAGAGCAGCAAACCACCAAGCGUGAACGGCGCGAGUUCUUCCAGAGCUUUGUUCGACGAAUAGAUUACAAAUUGCUUCCUCUCAUCCCGUACACCGUAACAGAGAUCAUCCUAGGAGAUCCAACAGCAACCGGUCAUGAAAGGGAGCUCCAGCUUGACGAUGCUUCUGGCACCUUGCCAAAUCCCACUACAGCUCUAAGAUGCAACAUCCGAGAAGACUUUCGCAGCGUCGCCUAUCCUUCAUGCGACGAAUUCCCCUCUUUCCGACAAUUUCAUCACAAAGAAUUGACGGGUGCUACUGAAAUCACGGCCGGGGUACUCUGGGUCUGCCACCGCAAAACGCGAUACGUCCUCAAGAUAGUGGACCGCCCUCUCUAUCGACGUCACGAUACCGAGGUCAUUCGCAAGGAACUAGAGAACCUCAACUACUUCGCUGGAGUACCAAACAUAGUGCAGGCAGCUGGGAUUGCCGUAUCUACGAACCCUUACAAGUCCUUUGACUGGGACACCGGCUUACCACUGGUUGUGACGGGCAUUCUACUAGAAGCAUAUCUCGGAGGGACACUACAGCAGGUCCUCUCCGAUCGUCGCGUCACAGAACACCGCUGGAAGCAAUGGCCCAUCCAGAUCGGAACCGCGCUGAAUCGCUUCCACGAGGCAAAGAAAACUCACAUGGACCUGCAAUCGUCGAAUAUUGUUCUCGACGCCGACGGAAACGCAGUGCUCAUCGACAUCAGCGGCAUCGGCGGAUACACGUCUGAAUGGUGUGCACCCGAGGUUCUAAGCGACAUUCCACCGUGUGAUCUUCCCUUUGAACAACGUCAACAGAACGAUAUCUGGGCGUACGGGAAACAUCUAUCCGAGAUCGCAUCACAGAUAAGCGGUGAUCCGUACGUAGAGACCUUGCGCCAAGUUGCGGACGGGUUGAUGGGAAUAGAUCAUCAAAAACGCAUGAGCAUAGCGAUGGCCAUUGCACAGCUCCAAAGUGCUUAAAUUGAUAACGAUAAUCCCGAAUCCAAGUUGAAUACUCUGAAGUGCCAACGGAAAUUAAGAUUCCCCCUAUCCCCUCACGCCAACCCACCAAUGAUAUUCCUCCCCGCACAAGAUAAAUGAAAGUCUCCCGCCGAUCAAGUCAAUCCCAAUAUCGAUUACAUCCGUGCUUGUCGUUUUCCCUGAUUUCCUCUCGGACUGACUUUCUUCAUCGAUUCCAAUGUCAGCUGCUGUAACUACUAACGUACAGUUUGCACAUAAUUCUGGCUUAGUAUCAUUGCAUAACAUGCAUACAAUACAGCUUCCCUGCUCAGGUGACAGAUAGACAGUCUCAAACAAAGAAUCUUUUUCCUCGAGACGAAGUCCCUAAAUUACUACCUCCCCCAACCAUCCUUACAUCACCGUCUGUCUCAGGGGUAGAAAACAGAAAAAAAAAAAAAAAAAAAAAAAAAAAAAA